AUGAUUUCGGAAUCGGUAGAUGAUGAUGGGAAUAUUCUCUCUAAUUGUGACCAGAUUAGAGAUUACACUGUGUCUUAUUUUGAGUCUAAAUUUAAUGGGGAAGAGCUUCCAAUUGAUGAGCAUGAAAUUAUCUCUACGGAGGGAAGUCAAAGAAUGGAUGUGAUUCCUACUUAUGAUGAAAUAAAGGCUGUUGUUUAUGACCUUGAUGCUGAUAGUUCUCCAGGACCUGAUGGUUUCUCUAGAUGUUUUUAUAGAGAUUGUUGGGACGUGAUUCAACAAGACUUAUACAAUGCUAUUAUUUAUUGUUGGAAACAACAAAGGAUUCCUAAUGGGAUCCUAGCUACAAGACUUGGAAGUGUCCUUGAUAAGCUUAUUUCAGAGGAGCAAGUUGCUUUUAUGAAGGUUAGAAAUAUUCAUGAGAACAUCAGUGUGGCGUCGGAGAUGGUGAAUGAUCUGAAAACUAAGCGGAAAGAUGUCAAUGUGGGUCUAAAGCUAGACAUUACUCAAGCUUUUGACACGGUUAGUUGGUCUUUUAUCUCAGAGGUGUUUCGAAGGUCAGCCCGUAUUUCUAUCCUCCUCAAUGGUAGUCCAGAAGGUUUUUUCAAGAUUAAUAGAGGCCCGCGUCAAGGUGAUCCUUUGUCUCCUCUUAUCUUCGUGCUGAUUGAAGAUGUUCUUAGUAGAAACUUCACCAAGCUCUUUCUUGAGAAGAAAAUGACGCCAAUGCUUUCGAAAAAAGUCUCUACUUUCCCGGACAGAUAUUUAGGUGUUCAAAUUAUGCCUGGAGCUGUUAAAUAUCGUCAUAUAAGUAAUGUUAUUGAUAAAAUCAAGAAGCAACUUUCAGUUUGGAAAGGAAAAAUGCUUUCUUUUCAAGACCGUGUGGUUCUUAUUAACUCUGUGAUUGCUAGCUAUGCCAUUCACAAUAUGGCUUUUUACAAAUGGCCAAGGAAGUUCAUUAUGCAAUGUGAGCGGGUUAUACGCAAUUUUCUUUGGUCUGGGGAUUCAGAAGUUGCGAGGAAGUUUGUGGUUGGUUUUGACAAAGUUUGCAGCCCUGUGAAGGAAGGUGGUUUGAGUAUUACAAGUAUGGCAGUUACAAAUGGGGCUCUUCCAAUGAAAUUUUGGUGUAGUAUUUGUUAUUCUAAUAAGAAGUGGGCGCGUUUCUUAUGGGCGAAAUAUACUACACAGACUGGUAGAAUCAAGCAAUAUGGUGUGAACUCUUCUAUCUUUCCUGGUGUUAGAUUGGUUCAUAAUAUUUUGGAUAGAAAUACGAAAGUGCUUCUUGGUGAUGGGCGAGCCACUUUUCUUUAUUAUGAUGUUUGGAAUGGUAAUGAAUGUAUUGCUGAUAUUCUUGGUGAUAAUGAGCUGGAUAGUAUUGUCAUGGUAAGUACUUUUCUUUCUAAUAAUGAAUGGCAGCUGCAAGGCAAUCAUAUUAAGAAUUUGCUUCGUGCGGGAAUGGAUUUGAAUAACUUACCAACGCCACAAGGAGGAGAUGAUCAUAGAGUCUGGAUGCCGGAGAUGAGAGGUAACUUUACUGUCAGUUCAGCAAAACAGCUAAUAAGGAAGAAGUAUAAUGUCUUGGACGUGUAUGGGCUGUUGUGGAGCAAGGUUAUACAUCCAAACUUAGCUGCACAAAAUUGGAAGUUGGUGCGAGAAGCUUGUGCUACGCAAGACAAAAUCAGGAUCAGAUGCAAGGUCAAUCUUGCUAAUAAGUGUUACCUUUGCAAGUCCGAUGAAGAGUCCUUGGAGCAUAUUUUAUGGAGUUGUUCCUUUGCAACUGGCAAUGGAUCUCAGAACAAACAAUUUCCUGAUGAACUUUAUGGUAUCACUGUGGGACUAGAAUGGGCGCUCAAAUGGGUUGUUAGGAAGAUUCUGGUGCUUUCAGAUUCUAUGGGGGCUGUAAUGGCCUUUACUAAUUCUAAUAUGCCAUGGUUUGCAAGGAAGCGGUGGAGGAAAAUCCAAGAAAGCUAUGAUUCUAUUCGUUUUGUUCAUACUUAUCGGGAAGCUAAUUUUGCAACUGAUGCAAUGGCCAAAAGAGGUUACUUGCUAAGGAAUGGUGAAGGCCUGAAUUAUGAUGAGAGACCUUAUUUUCUAAAUUCAUUAGAAUACCCUAAUGUCGCUUACUUCAGAUUUAAGUAG